GUCGUUAUAUCACGUACACUUCUCUAAAGCCCCAAUUAUAUACUAUUAAAUGCACUCAUCUUUGAAAAUAACAUAAGACCUCAAUUGUAUGCUACAAUCUUCAUCGAGGCAUCCCAUUACAAUUUGCUCGAAUCAUCGUCCAGCCUGAUGAAAGAUAUAACAAUCGCGAAUCCCAUGGGAUUAUCUGGGACCUGCCUGACACCCAAAGUACAUAGUAAUAAUGUCACCAACAUGUUGCAUUGUAGUUCCUUAGCUGGUAGUGAGAAAGUAAAAAAAUCACAAAGAAAUCAUGUCAGUGAAAAGAAGACAAUCAGAAGCAUUUAGUGAAAUAAUUAGAUGCCUUGGUAACUUGAACAGAAAGAACCAGUUGAUGAUGGUUGUUUGCUUCCACAGGUCGAGUACAGCAGAACUACCUAAUGUAUCAAGAGGCCAAAAAUACCUGAGCAUAAAGCUUUGUCUCAACCUCAGCUCUGACUAA